AUGUCGAUGCAGGAGUUGGUGUUACAAAAACAUUCGGGCUCUUAUUAUGCAGCCCAACCAAUCUCCUCCGAGCAACCGAAAAUCGAAUUUUCAACCAAAUCCUGCGAAAAUGGAUACAAAAAGCUAAAUAAAAAAGAUGACAGUCUGCCAAUUAACGGUCUGAAAUCAAAUGGAUUUUUGGUUUCUCGAUUAAAACAACAACCAAAUAUUUCCCCGACACUUCCUGUUCUAUUUCCACAUUUACCGAUGAAUGCAAAUUUAUACAUAAAUAGUCAACAUACUCAACUAUCAGAUCGAUAUUUAAAUAACAAAACCUCCCAAAAAGUCGAUACCAAUGAUGUCAAGGGAGCUAUUUCAAGCAGAUCCCUCCAUGCAGUCAAUCAAGUUUCAUCCAUGUCAUCAACAGUAAUUUUCAGCUGUGAGAAAUCAGAUAAUUUAAAUGGGUCCGAAUCAAAUGAAACAGAUGUUCUUAAAACCAAUUUAGAAUCUGAAACUCCAAAACAUCUCGGUACCUGCAGUGCCAAAAUUCACGACUCCCUUUCCCCAGUAUGCCUCACGAAAGGUAAUAGCAUAAAAAGAGGUACGGAUGAGCCAACACAGGUAUGUUAUCAACCAAAAAGUGUGCUUGGAAAGGAAAAAUCAGGACUAUGUUCCAAAACGACGAAUAAUAGAAAAAAAACCUCUCUAAAUGCCGUAAUGAUUUCUGAUGAAAACAAUAUCAAUUCCUUUAAGUACGGAGGCUCUCAAGUGAUAACCCCAUUUUUUAUAAAGCCAGACAAUCAAUUGACGUGUCAUGUUACUCAAAAUAUUAGCAAAUCCGAGCAAACUUCUCCAAAUAAUAUAGAAAUGGGUAAAGCUAAUUUUGUAUAUGAUUUGAGUCAUGAUCAAAAUACCAAGCAAAGAAGUACUGGCUGUUUGCUGUAUCCUUCGAAUCCAUGGAUUAGAAAACCCGAUAUUAACCACAAAGUUUCCUCUAAAGAAGAAAAACCUUUGCACCUAUUUCAAAAUAUCGAUCCAUGGGUCAAACGUGAAACGGACUGCCCAUUGGAACUAUCACGGUUUCAAACAGAAUAUGCCUGUCAAGAUAAACCAGUUUCUUACACUAAAAAUAUACCUUUUCCGGAAAUUAAUAAAACAAAAAAUUGUAUGCAACCAACAUUAAACAAUAUUAAAAAGGCUAAUGAUAAUCACGUUCUUUUGGAUAAGCCUGGGCUGCUGUUUGCCACAUUUUCUUCCCAAAACGGUUCAUAUUCAUAUAAAUUAAGUACAAAUUCCCAAACAAAAUCUGGAAGUUUUACACUGGAUAGAUUAGGGGAUAUCUCGAAUCCGCUGUCAAGCAAUGCCAGUAAAACAGUAAAUGAGAAUGAUGUUAGUUUUCCUUGUCGAAAUGGUCAAGAAAAAUUACAAAUUCACGCAGACAAUUUGCAAUCUAGACAUAGCUUUUCAUCAAUCUCUACCAAAUGUAAAGAAGAGUUACCCUUGAACAUUCGUAGACUUUCAGAGCAAAUCUAUAAGCCAUCACUAACUACAAUGGUUCCGUUGUCAAUAAGCGAUUUGGACAUACGUAAUAUCCCUGCUUCUGAAAAAGCGUCUAAUCCACAAAGCCUUUCGAUUGGAAUACACACACCAGAAUUGUUUCAUGGAAAUAAACAUAUUUCAGAGCAACAUGCGAGUUGCCAUAAAGACUUAAUAUCUUUAAAACUUUCCCCCAAAAAAGUAAAACCCUUUUCAAGUACUCAUAAACCGGAUACUUUGCUAGAAACCACCUGUUAAAAAAAUGUACUAAAUAAAUACAAGCCAAUUUUAAAGUGUAUCUACAUAAGCUCAUUUUGAUUUCAUAUACAUAUGUAUUUAUAGAACAUCUAAAACUUAUUGUGUAUCAAUUGAAUCCAAAUACAAAUAAACAAGAAUACAAGAUCUAUUUGUAGUAGUAAUUUACGAAUAAUAUAAGCUUAACAUUUUUACCGUAGUUUUGCAUUUAAAUAAGGUAACACGAAAACGACCCGUUAGAAUGGGGCUUUGUGUUAUAGACUUACAUAACUACAUUCUCAAACAUAUUCAUAUGUGUACUAAUGUAUUAUUUCAUAUUAAUAUUAUUUUCAAUACUGUUGUAA